GUAAACAAACCUUCCCCAUAAGGAGAAAGAAAAACCAUCUUCUCUGUACUUCGGUUUCUCUGUUACGUUUCUCACAUUUCACAACUCAAAACCCCAAAUUUUCAUCUUUUUCUAAACCCCAUUUGUUCCCCCAAAGUAAUUCGUUUCUGUUUCGUUCAUUUCUUGCGGUUCUUCGAUUCUUGAUACGGUUGUUUCGGCGCGUGGCCGAUCUCCGACAACGCAUGGCGGCGGGGACAAUGGCGACGGCGGCCGGAGCGGCGGUGAUGCUCUACUACGUGCUAAGUCGGAGGCUGGCGAGAAAGGCGGAGGACGACGGCGAGGACCACGCCGGCGGCGACGUGUCGAAAUCGAGUAGAUCGCUUCGCCGGAGAAGAUUUUCCCGGCGGCCGGCUCAGGCGCCGGCGACGCUGCUGGAAUCGAUCGUGACGUUGUCAGAGACGUUGAGGUUUACGUAUUCCGAGACCUUCGGAAAAUGGCCCAUCGGCGAUUUGGCCUUUGGUAUCAACUACUUUAUGCGGAAGCAGGGUAAUUUGCGAGUUGCGAGUGUGUAUGCGGGUAGUGAUUGUGUACAGCUGAAAGGGGAUGAAAUAAUUGUGGAGCUUUAUGAACUGUUGAGGCUUUUGACACUGUGUAUGCUUUUCUCCAAGAAGCCGUUUCCUGUUUUUUUAGAUUCUGCUGGAUUUUCCCUUGAUGAUGUGCUCAUUCAGAAGCCUAAAGCUGGGCUUCUGAAGCCCGCAUUCACAAUUAUACGUGAUACGCAGUCAAAAUGUUUACUUUUAUUAAUCCGGGGUACACAUAGCAUAAAAGACACCCUGACAGCUGCAACUGGAGCUGUUGUCCCUUUCCACCAUUCAGUUUUAAAUGAUGGUGGGAUAAGCAACUUAGUUUUAGGAUAUGCACACUGUGGCAUGGUUGCUGCUGCUCGUUGGAUUGCAAAGCUCUGCACUCCUACCCUUCUUAAGGCUCUUGGUGAAUGUCCAGACUUCAAAGUCAAGAUUGUUGGGCACUCACUCGGUGGUGGUACUGCUGCACUGUUAACAUACAUUCUUAGAGAGCAGAAAGAGUUGUCUUCAAGCACAUGUGUCACAUUUGCCCCAGCUGCCUGUAUGACAUGGGAGUUAGCAGAAUCGGGCAAGCUCUUUAUAACUACCAUCAUAAAUGGUUCUGACUUGGUGCCAACAUUCUCAACUUCAUCUAUUGAUGAUCUCCGUUCUGAGGUCACCGCAUCCUCAUGGUUGAAUGAUUUGCGGGAUCAAGUAGAACAUACAAAAGUCCUGAAUGUUGUCUACCGCUCUGCAACUGCACUUGGAUCUCGCUUACCAUCUAUAUCUAGCGCAAAAGCUAGGGUAGCCGGUGCUGGUGCUAUUCUGUGGCCUGUAACCAGUGGCACUCAGGUUGUGAUGAGACGCGCACAAAGUGUUGCUGAAGCUGUUGUUAGAACUCGAUCAUCAUUGUCAUCAUGGUCUUGCAUGAGUGCACGGCGCCGAAACGUGAGUCCAUCGUUAAACUCUAAAACAGAGGACUUAACUGAAGUCUCUUUAAUAUCUGACAGAAGCCCUGAAUCUCUAUUGACCGAAGGGGUUGUAAGAGAGCCUAUGCUUAAGGAUGAAAGUAUAUGCUCAAGUGGAGGAUCUGGGCAUGAUGACACAGAUGAGGAGGAACAACUGGUUCCUGCUAAUCAAGACAUUACAGCAUCCACUGUAGGUGACAUCACAGAAGGGCAGUUAUGGUAUGAACUGGAGAAGGAGCUUCAGAAACAAGAUGAUAGCAUGAAUAUUCAUGCUCAAGAAGAGGCUGCAGCAGCAAAAGAGAUCACUGAAGAAGAGAAUCAACUUGUUGAUGCUGCAGAAUGUAGCAAUUCAAUCACAACAUCAGACAACAUGGACAACCAUCGAUUUUAUCCCCCUGGAAGGAUUAUGCAUAUUGUCUCUAUUCCUUCUUCAUCUGAUGAGUCAAGUUCAAAUUCAAAUUCUGAUGACCCAGUAGAAGAACAUGUCUGCUUAUAUGAAACACCUAGAGAGCUGUACAGCAAGCUGAGACUUUCAAGAACGAUGAUAAAUGAUCAUUACAUGCCAAUGUAUAAGAAGAUGAUGGAACUUUUAAUCCGAGAACUAGAGAUGGAUAGCAGCUGUAAUAUUUUAAAGUGACAAAAAAACAAAAUAGAAAUUGGAAAAUUAUUAGUGAAUACAGAUUUCAGUUAUUUAUUCUUU